CAGCGCCAAGGAGGAAUCACCCCCAUGGUACACGGGACUAAAGGGAACCAAAUCUUCUGAACUGGGGGAAAAAUCUGGGGAAAGAUGCCGUCCAGGAAGAAAACCUCCAUGUUUGCCUCUUCCUUUUGUACCUGUGUGUGCUCCUUCGUGGUGAUCUGCGUGGUGCUGGCCACCCAGCAGUGGGUGAGCAGCGAGGUGCGGUUCUCGCGCACCGGCUCCACCGUCACCGUCAGCCUCACCUACGGCCUCUUCAGUGGCACCUGCCAGCAGUUCGUGGAUGCAGGGCUCCAGGUGUCCAAAACCAACUUCCAAGUGUCAGAGGCCCUGAGCAGCAGCAGCAGCAGGGGCCUGAUCGUGGCCACCAUCGUGAUGCUGGUGCUGGCCCUGCUGAGCUCCCUGCUCAGCGCUGGCUUCACCUGCACCAACGUUGUCAGCAACCCCUACCAGACCUUCCUGGGCCCCAUCGGAGUCUACACCUGGAAUUCCGUCUGUGGAAUCCUCAUCCUCAUAGCCAUGAUCCUUUUCCCUGUGAACGUGGAAGGAAACAGCCUGUCUGAAGAGCUGGCCCACAGCUGUUCCAGCUCCCUGCAGGCACACCUUGGAUCCAAACACAACUAUGGAUACUCCUACUGGAUCAUGCUGCUCAUCCUUUUCCUGAACAUUGCUUCUCUCAUCAUCAUCUAUUUCUACGACCACGCCAGAUAUUCCAAGAAGAAAGAGCAGGAAAGACCCAUAGAAAAUGCACCAAAGGAUGUUAUUCUGUUUUAAGGACACCGUGGAGAAGGGGGUGUGAAGGGAGAUGACUUUAAUGCGGACAGCAAAUUUCCAUUUGCUCUGAACUGUGUGCACACUUCAAUUCCCAGAUUGUUUUGAGGACACAAAAGCCUGGUUUGGUUUCAGCUGCCUGCCGGCCUGAGCAGGAAGAUCAAAGCCAAUGUUUUAGUCAAGACUGCAAACACCAGGAUCCCUUGGGAUGAGGAGAAAUGGUCACUGAGGUGCUGCUGCUCCAUUUUCUCCUUGCUCUGCUCAGGGAUCUCCUGCAGGUCUGGAGGCUCCUGGGCAUGGGAGCACUUGUGGCCAAAAUCCACAGGACACAGAGGUGGAGUCCCCAUCCCUGCAGUCUCCAUCCCCAGCCCUGUGGAGGUGGCACCUGGGGACACGAGGCACUGGUGGCCUUGGCAGUGCUGGGGAAUGCUGGGACUCCAUGGAUUUUCCAACCUAAAUGAUUCAACCAUUCCAUGACAGCAGAGAAGCCCAGUACCUGCAGGUUAUUAAUGCACAGAAACGCCAGCAAAUCCUGCUUGAGCCCUGCCAAGGGCAAAGCCACACCUGGGCAGGUGAGCCCAGCCCCUCUCCACACGUCCCUGCCUGUACAAAGUCCCCCAGGUGAUGAUUUCAGAGAUGAUUUCUGGCCAGGGCCAUCCCUUUGCCCAGUCUGAGGAGUAUUUAUUGUGCUCACAACGACACACAGCUGCAGGAUGCCCAGGAGUGGGGAGCUCCCUUCUCACUCCUCCCAGGAAUGAGCACUGGGACCUUGGGACAGAUCCAAAGUGCAAAAUCCUGCUCAGAGCACGUGUUCAGCACUUCUGCCCCUUUGUCCCUCACCUCUGCAGCCAGGAGAGACUUUUUUUAUUCCUUUAAAAAGAAAAAAAAGCCUCCUUCUCCUUUCCAGUGUGAAUUUCAGUCACACUCCAUAUCUGUCCUGUGAUGCUCAUGGAGAUAAAACAGCAUUUUGAAGGGGGGAUGAGGAGAUACAAGAGGUGAAUCCUCACUAUUUAUGUCACAAAAAUAAAGUCUGGAGAUGAAAGCAGCCAGCACUUUGUGCAGCUGAGCUCUUUCAAAGGAAACAAAGCAGAGGGAUUUCCCAUCCCGCUUAAAAGGGUGCUGAGGGCAGAGUGGGGAAUAAAAUAAAAAUAAAAGAAGGUUUCUGAAACUUGAGGGGUGGCACAGGUCAAUAAAACCAGGGCUGAUCUUUGCCCUGCAUGCCUGGAAGUGCUGGGGAGGGCUGGAAAUGCUAUGGUGGAGCCAAACAUUUGCCAGUUCUGCUUUGGCUGCAAAAGAUUUUCAGUUUCAGAGCUCAUCUGUCAGUGUUGGGCCCAGGCAGCAUCUGUCACACACCACAGCUCUGCUCAGAGGGCCUUGGUGGAGGAUGGAGUCAGAAUAAUGCAGGAGGAGCAAGAAUUCCAGCUCUGGAGAGCAGGAGCUUCCCCUUGCCUGGGAGUUUCUGCUGUACCUAAGCACUGGUUUGGGAAAUCACAUAAACCCUGCUUUUGGAUGCCUGCUGGGAGCACGUGGCUCUGUUAAACCUGACUGGAGGUCUCUUGUUUGCCUGCAGACACCACAGAGUCGCUGUGUAACAAAUCUCACCUGCUUUGAUGUGAGUGCCAGAUCAAAGCCAGCACAGCACUACAAAAACCUGAUUUAAACAGGAGUUCAAGUUGCAGCUGACUAGCAAAGCUACCUCGGGGUUCUUCCUCUGCAGGUUUUAUUUCCAUUUGAGGGCAGAAAUUCUCUUCCCAGCACAAAGAGCUGCUCAGGGAUGGAGCAGGGGGAUGGGGCCGAGGAGCACCCACACAUCCCUGCCCCAGCCCCAUUGAUUUGGGGCAAUAAACUGCAGAGUACAAUAUUUGCAGGCAGAAUUUUAAAUACAGAAAGUUUUCAUUCUCACUUUGCUCCAAAAGCAGGCACCCAGGACAAGCUCAAAUUCAGAAGUUUUCUGUGAGCUGCUGGUAAUUUCUCCUGAAUUAGGGACCAACCAACCACAGCAGGAGGGAACACACACAGAGCUGGCAUCAAAUUUUCAUCCUACAAUUCCCUCAAACAUCUCCCUAAAAUUCCUUGCCAGUGCUGGAAGUGGCAGCAGAGCACUGUGUGCAGAGGGGAGUUAGAAUUUAUAGGGUGCCCCUGGAUCCCUGAUGUUUACAAAUAAA